AAGGCACGCCUCCCAUCCCCAUCCCCAUUCUCUCUGUCUCUCUCUCUCUCUCUCUCUCUCUCUCUCUCUCUCUCUCUCUAUAUAUAUAUAUAUAUAUAUAUAUAUAUAUAUAUAUAUUCUGCAUAUGCAUUAUAUGAAUGAAACUCAUUUAUUCUCAGGGCCCAAAUCUUUUUUUACUCUCGUUUCACAUUUGCUCCAAUUUUGGUUUUAUUAUUACUCUUUUAUUUUUUUCUUGUAAAGUAGUACUAGUAUAAUUUGCUAUGGAAUCUGAAUCGCAGAAGAAGAGCUACUGUGUGCUGGGAGAUGUGUAUGGAGUUGUAAUGCUUCCAAAGGAGCUGGACCACCUCGAUAAACACCACUCUUUCGACCUUCCUCGUCUCCAAUUCCCUGACCUUGCAAAACCCUUUCAAGAUAUUCUGAGGACUAGAGAAGUUGGCGAGUUUCUUAGUGGUGCUUUGGCUGGGGCUAUGACCAAAGCCGUUCUUGCUCCUCUUGAGACUAUCAGGACGAGGAUGGUUGUUGGGAUUGGGUCCAAAAGUAUCGCUGGGAGUUUCGCUGAGGUCAUUGAGCACCAAGGUUUGCAAGGGCUGUGGGCUGGCAACACAGUCAACAUGCUCCGCAUAGUACCUACCCAGGCAAUUGAAUUUGGAACAUUUGAAUAUGUAAAGCGAGCAAUGACAUCAGCCCAGGAGAGAUGGAAUCAGACUGAUUGCCCGAUGGUGCAAAUUGGUCACGUCAAUUUGAAGUUUUCUCUUUCCUGGAUCUCCCCAAUUGCUGUGGCUGGUGCGGCUGCGGGAGUCGUUAGCACACUUGUUUGCCAUCCUUUAGAAGUUUUAAAGGACCGGUUGACUAUAAGUCCCGAGGCGUAUCCUUCUAUAGCUGUUGCAGUUAGUAGGAUUUACAAGGAUGGUGGAUUAGGUGCUUUCUAUGCUGGUCUUGCACCUACGUUAAUUGGCAUACUCCCCUACAGCACAUGCUACUAUUUCAUGUACGAGAAGUUGAAGAAAUCUUACUGCUUAGCAUUUAAGAAAAAGUCUUUAAGCCGUGCAGAUAUGCUCCUAGUUGGAGCCCUCUCAGGUUUUACAGCUGGCACAAUAAGUUUUCCGUUGGAGGUGGCAAGGAAACGGUUGAUGGUGGGUGCUCUAGAAGGCAAAUGUCCACCCAACAUGGCAGCGGCACUAGCUGAAGUCAUUAGAGAGAGAGGCCUGCUGGGACUUUACAGAGGCUGGGGUGCUAGCUGUUUAAAAGUCGCUCCUUCCUCAGGAAUCACCUGGAUGUUUUAUGAAGCUUGGAAAGAUAUAUUACUACUUGAGAGGCGACGACUGUAACACAGCUAGCUCUAAUUUCGUAGCGAGCUCUAAUUUCAAUCAUGUUUGCACUGGGUUGCGAUGUUGGAAUAGGAUCAUAACUAUUUUAAGCUUUUCAAUCUGGGAAACCUCGAAAUCCAUAUCUUGAGAAAGGAUGUGGCUAUCCAUUCAUGAAAUGUGGAUGGUUUUACAGAGCCAAAAGCCGAGAGUUUUAUUGGUGAGCUUCGGCUUUUAACAUACACUGGGUUGUAAUGUUGUGACAGUCCCAAAUUGUUGUCAAAUUUUGUUCCUUGGUAGAGCGGAAGCCCUUGCCCAGUAUUCAAGGGUUAGACAAUUGUAUCAAUUUCAUUUACCAAGCAAGUGGUGUGAUAUUCUCUCACCAGGGACA